UCGGCUCGCGUGCGGCGCGUCUCUGCUCGAGACGCUCCUAUUGGCUGCGGCGCUCUGACGUCACGCGGCCGGCGCGUUCCCGUCGCGUCGCGUCCCUCGCGCAGCGCGUCAGUUCGCGCGGAGUCUUCAGGAGAGACGCUCGUCGCGGAGCAGAGCACAGGUGUUUCCUGUAAUGAUGUCACCCUGGACUGCUCUGCUAUUGGCCGUCUGGUGCUGUUCGAUCGCUCUGACAUCACCGCUGAACCUGGACGACCCCAAUGUGUGCAGUCACUGGGAGAGUUACUCGGUGACCGUGCAGGAGUCGUAUGCUCACCCGUUCGAUCAGGUCUACUACACCAGCUGCACAGAUAUCCUCAACUGGUUCAAAUGCACUCAGCACAGGGUGAGCUACAGAACGGCUUACCGGAGAGGAGAGAAGACCAUGCACCGACGCAAGUCUCAGUGCUGCCCCGGAUUCUACCAGAACAGAGACAGAUGUGUUCCCCACUGCGCUGAGAAGUGUGUUCACGGCCGGUGUGUGGCCCCUAGCACCUGUCAGUGUGAGCCGGGCUGGGGAGGGCCCGACUGCUCCAGCGCCUGUGACGGGGAUCACUGGGGGCCUCACUGCAGCAGCCGCUGUCAGUGUCAGAACGGGGCCCUGUGUAACCCCAUCACCGGGGCCUGUCUCUGUGCGGAUGGGUACCGCGGCUGGCGCUGCGAGGACCUCUGCGAGCGCUCCAGCUACGGUCAGGGCUGCCAGCAGAGGUGCCUGUGCCAGAACAACGCCACGUGCCACCACGUCACCGGAGAGUGUGUGUGCAGCCCGGGGUACACCGGAGCCUUCUGUGAGGAGCUGUGUCCUCCGGGGAAACACGGCUGGCAGUGUGAGGAGCACUGUCCCUGUCAGAACGGAGGUGUGUGUCAUCACGUGACCGGAGAGUGCUCCUGCCCCGCCGGCUGGACGGGAACGGUGUGUGGGCAGCAGUGUCCGGCGGGACGCUUCGGGAAGAACUGCUCUCAGGAGUGUCAGUGUAACAACGGAGGAAGCUGUUCUCCGUCCACCGGACAGUGUGUGUGUAGCGCAGGAUACACCGGAGAGAGGUGCCAGGAUCAGUGUCCGCCCGGCUGGUACGGUGUGGGCUGCAGACAGGUCUGUAGCUGUGUGAACGGGGCUCGGUGUUAUCACGUGAGCGGAGAGUGUCUGUGUGAGCCGGGAUACACCGGACAGAGCUGCGAGGAGCGAGUGUGUCCCGAGGGUCUGUACGGCCUCCGGUGUGACCGCAGCUGCCCGUGCCACGCCAACAACACACACAGCUGUCACCCCAUGUCCGGCGAGUGUCUCUGUGUCCCGGGCUGGUCCGGCUUGUACUGUAACGAGACGUGUGCUCCUGGUUUUUACGGAGAGGCCUGUCAGCAGAUCUGUCUCUGUCAGAACGGAGCCGACUGCCACAGCGUGAGCGGAGAGUGUGUGUGUGCGCCCGGAUUCAAGGGCUCAGACUGCUCGUCUCCCUGUCCGUCUGGUACACACGGGAUCAACUGCAGCUCGGUGUGCUCCUGUAAGAACGCUGCUUCCUGUUCACCCAUCGACGGAUCCUGCUCCUGUCAAGCAGGCUGGCACGGAGUGGACUGCUCCGUCAGCUGCCCCGGCGGCUGGUGGGGUCUGGGCUGUAACCUGACGUGUGUUUGUGGGAACGGAGGAGCCUGCAGCGCUCUGGACGGGUCGUGCUCCUGUACCCCGGGCUGGAGAGGAGAGCGCUGCGAUCAGCACUGCCAGGACGGGACGUACGGACUGGAGUGUCGCGAGCGCUGUGACUGCAGUCAUGCGGACGGAUGUCAUCCCUCGACCGGACACUGCCGCUGUCUCGCCGGAUGGACAGGCAUCCACUGUGACAGCGUGUGCGCUGAGGGCCGCUGGGGGCCCAACUGCUCUCUGUCGUGUAACUGUAAGAACGGGGCGUCGUGUUCUCCAGACGAGGGAGCGUGUGAGUGUGCUCCUGGAUUCAGAGGAACCACCUGCCAGCGCAUCUGUUCUCCGGGUUUCUUUGGGCACCGCUGUAGCCAGGCCUGUCCGCACUGCGCCCACAGCAACGGCCCCUGUCACCACAUGAGCGGUCAGUGUGACUGUCUGCCCGGGUUCAAAGGGGCGCUCUGCAACGAAGUGUGUCCCAGUGACAGGUUUGGUAAGAACUGCGCGUGGAGCUGCACCUGCACUAAUAACGGCACGUGUAACCCCAUCGACGGCUCGUGUCAGUGUUACCCCGGCUGGAUCGGCAGCGACUGCUCACAGCUGUGUCCCCCGGGUCAGUGGGGUCCUAACUGCAUCCACACCUGUAACUGUCACAACGGGGCGUUCUGCAGCGCGUACGACGGCGAGUGCAAGUGUACGGCCGGCUGGACGGGGCUGUACUGCACACAGCGCUGUCCGCUGGGCUUCUACGGCAAGGACUGCGUUCAGGUGUGUCAGUGUGAGAACGGCGCGGACUGCAAUCACAUCUCGGGUCAGUGCACGUGCCGGACGGGCUUCAUGGGACGUCUCUGUGAGCAGAAAUGUCCCGCAGGUACGUACGGAUACGGCUGCCGGCAGGUGUGUGACUGCCUCAAUAACUCCACCUGUGAUCACAUGACGGGCACCUGCUACUGUAACCCCGGCUGGAAAGGCACGCGCUGUGACCAGGCCGGUGUGAUCAUCGUAGGGAAUCUCAACAGCUUGACGAGCGCCGCGGUGCCGGUGGACUCGUAUCAGAUCGGUGCGAUCGCGGGAAUAAUUGUGCUGGUGCUCCUGGUGCUCAUCCUCCUCCUCCUCUUCAUCAUCUACCGCAAGAAACAGAAAGGCAAAGAGUCCACGAUGCCUGCGGUCACCUACACACCGACCAUGAGGGCCAACCCCGACUACGCCAUCGCAGAGGCGCUCCCUCAGACCGACGUCCUUCCUAACAGUAACUACUUCUCUAACCCCAGCUAUCACACGCUGACCCAGUGCAGCCCGCCUCACGCCAACAACCUGCCCUAUGGAAAGCCGAAGAACAAUCAGUUGUUUGUGAACCUGAAGAACACUGAGCCGAGGAAACGUCUCUCCCUGCUGGAUCACACAGGAACUCUCCCGGCCGACUGGAAACAAGGAGGAUCCUUCAACGAGCUCGGUGUGACGUCCAGCAUCACCACAAACACUCCAUCGUUAGACGGGAUCGUGUUCAGUAGCCCUACGUUUACAAAGAAGUACAGAAAGGACUGCGUUACUUUAACUUCUUCUGUCUUGAUUCUCUCGUUAGGAGCCUAUGGAGUUGACAGGCGUUACAUGGGAAAGUCCCUGCGAGAUCUGGUGAAGAGCGUGCCCUAUCACGCCAGCUCCUGCUCCCUCAACAGCUCAGAGAACCCGUACGCCACCAUCAAAGACCCUCCUCUGCUGCUCACCAAGAGCUCGGAGUGCGGCUACGUGGAGAUGAAGUCUCCUGCUCACAGAGACGCUCCAUACGCCGAGAUACACACCUCCAGCCCUGUCAACAGAAACGUCUAUGAAGUUGAGCCAACCGUCUCUUCUGUCCUCACGCUCUCUAACAACCACUGCAGCGGGCCGUUUUGUCAAGAUCCGUACGACCUACCAAAGAACAGCCACAUCCCGUGUCACUACGACCUGCUUCCCACGAGAGACAGCAGCCCGUCCAGCCUCGAGGACACGGACAGGAAAUAAACCCUUCCUCAUUAAACGUCUUCAUCACUACAGGCUUCAGCAGGUGUUUCGGUGGAGGAGCAAACAUUCGUAAUCUUCACGAACGAAUCAUUCCAUUCAUUAAGAACAACGUUGCGCACAGAUUCAGGACAAUCCUUAAAGAGACAGUUCACCCCAAAAUGAAAAUUAGCCCAUGAUUUAUUCCCCCUCAAGGCAUCCUGGGUGUAUAUCACGGAGGGUGAGUAAAUCAUGGACUAACUCUCUUUUUUUGGGUGAACCGUCCUAAUUGUUCUGAUUAAAUAUGUCAGAUCAUUCCCAGUGACAGUUUCCCGUUUUUUAUAAUAUUUAGGAUAUUAGCACUGUUUAUUGAGACUGGACUACCAGCUCUGUGUUUAUUAAUUUUUUUUUUUUUGUCCAAAAGCAUUUCAGGUUUACCAAAGGAUGACAUGCCCUGAUGAAACCACAGUGUGUGUCGUAUUAAUAUUGACAGCCUCCAGUAACUACACUUCACAGUCACAAGUGUUACCUUUAGCAUUAUUCCUGUCUUUUGAUUAUAGUCCUAUAAAACACAGUCACUCAAAUGAAGGGCAGAUACUUCGGUUUGUAGUUCUUUAUCGUUUUUAGUAAGCUAAAGCUGGACUUUUGCAAAGAAAGACAAAUCUUUAAGACGAUGUGAUGGGGUCGGUUUGAUACGAACGCAUCUUUGGAGUAUUUAGGACAGGAGUCUUAAAGCGCUCUGAGCCUGGACUUUAUUUGUAUAAAACUGUACAUAUUACCAGUUCUUUAACGAAUUGCAUUUAUUUCCUUUAAAAGUGUAACAUACUCGUGAAGUCCUCUGUAACUCGACCAAUACUGUGUAAAGCAGGACAAGACUGCCUUUACUGACCGGACCUCACUAUACUGGUUUCCUUUUUUACUGUACUAAAUAUGCCACACAAAGAAAUGAUUAAUAUUACUGAUUCCAAAAACAACCGAGUGUGUAUGAGUGUGUGCUGUAUGUUUCUUAAAACUGUAUCUUUGUUUUGCUUUUUUCCAGAUUUUUUUAAUAAAUGCACAAAGUGUAA